UGUGUUUUGUUUUAUAGGUUCAUUGGUGUCGCGUUUCGUGUGAGAAAAACGCUUCUUUCCUGAGGCAGAAAAGUCUUAUUCUAGCGUUGAAUAUGCAAACGAAGUAGUUUGAUAUGCGAUAAAGUAUACAGAGUACAAGUUUCAAAAACCGAAAUGGAAAAUUUGGAAUAUUCCAGUAGGUCUGUCUAGCUUCUAAGUGGGCAAAAAGUUUCUCAACCCAUUUUUUCGCUUGUGCGAAAACGUGAGACAAUCUCGUGUGUGAGUCAGCAAAGAGCCAGCGAGUUCCGUGAAAAAAUCAGCGAAUUGAACGCUGCCACUAGAAAAGUGGAAAAAGAGUGGUGAAAGUGAUUUUUGUUCGGAAUUUGGGAGAAAUUUUGGGUUUUGUGGCUUAGAAAAGAUGGUUAACCAAGCAAACAACAGCGGCGGUAGUCAUACUCCGGAACAAGCAUAUCCAGGGGUGCACUAUUUGCACGAGCUUCCGCAGGCGGAUGAGGAGCGGCUGGAGAAAAUCUUCAACAAGCUCGAUCGGGACGGGAAUGGACGCAUUGAUAUACACGAUCUGUCGGCAGCGUUGAAGGAGUUUGGACUGUCUCAUCAGUAUGCGGAGGAAUACGGACAUUCGUUAUUUUUUCAGCGCUUCCUCAAGCAGUCGGACCAGACGCAAAGUGGCGAUGUCGGCCUGGCCGAGUUUAUUCACUAUGUGCGAGAGCACGAAAAAAAUCUACGCCUGCAGUUCACCCACCUGGACAAGAACCGGGACGGUAAGGUGGAUCUGGAGGAGUUGCAAGAUGCGUUCAAGGAUUUGGGUAUUGAAAUGGACCGGCAUGAAGCGGCUAAACUACUUAAGAGAAUGGACAAAGAUGGUAGUCUUAACAUAAGUUAUGACGAAUGGCGAGAUUUUCUUCUCCUAGCACCAUCGUCGGAUAUUCAUGAACUUGUGAAGUAUUGGAGGCAUUCUACUUAUUUGGACAUCGGCGAAGAUCUGAACGUACCUGAUGACUUCACACAGAACGAGAUGCAAACGGGCAUGUGGUGGCGACACUUGGCCGCCGGAGGAAUCGCUGGAGCUGUGUCGCGCACAUGCACUGCCCCGCUCGAUCGGCUUAAAGUGUUCCUGCAGGUUCAAUCCAGCAAGCAGCGAAUCUCAGACUGUUUACAGUACAUGCUGAAGGAAGGUGGCGUGCGGAGCCUCUGGCGAGGCAACUUCAUUAAUGUGCUUAAAAUUGCCCCCGAGUCUGCGAUCAAGUUUGCCGCCUACGAACAGGUGAAACGGUUCAUCCGUGGCAACGACAAGCGCCAGAUGACUAUCUAUGAGCGCUUUGUGGCGGGAGCCUGCGCCGGUGGCGUCUCCCAGACCGCAAUCUAUCCACUAGAAGUAUUAAAAACCCGACUAGCGUUAAGAAAAACCGGACAAUACAGUAGUAUAAUGGACGCAGCCAACAAAAUCUACCGUCGCGAGGGUCUGCGCUCGUUCUACCGUGGCUACAUUCCAAACAUGCUCGGUAUCAUACCGUACGCCGGCAUCGAUCUGGCUGUGUACGAAACACUGAAGAAGAAGUAUCUGAGUCACCACGAGACGGAACAGCCAAGCUUCUGGCUACUGCUGGCAUGCGGUAGCGCAUCCAGUACGCUUGGCCAGGUCUGCUCGUACCCGCUGGCGUUGGUGCGAACACGACUGCAAGCACAAGCGGUCACCAUAGGUCCGCAGAACCCAGCGGAUGGAAUCACGGCUCAAAUGCAGCCGAACAUGACGAACGUGUUCAAGCGUAUACUGCAAACCGAGGGUCCGCUCGGUCUGUAUCGAGGCAUCACGCCAAACUUCAUCAAGGUGCUACCGGCCGUCUCCAUUAGCUAUGUCGUGUACGAGUACUCGAGCCGAGCGCUCGGCGUGAACAUGACGUGAUUUGGUGCGACCACGGAUUCGUCAUUCUCAGUUACUCGGCUAAUCCUGUUGCUACUGCUGCUGCUGCUGUUACUAACGCUAGCGUCGCUUGGUUCGCUAGCUGCCGCCGCCGCAGUGGCUUUCCUAACACCAACAACAACCAUCAAUCAUUUCCGUCGUUGUCAUUCGCAGUCAUCUUCUACGCGUCACUAUUCUUACUGCUCCAUCACGUCCCGGAUGGCUCAUCCGGCUAUUUAUUGAUACUGAAAUUGCUUCCCGAACUAACGCUUCUGCCCUCUUGCUGCUACCGAAGAUAGUACUCAAGACAUCAGAAAAGUAAUAUGAACAGAAAACUCAGCGAGCAUUGCGAAACGAGUCCUCGCAGGGGGACGCAGAUGGAACAGAAUUCCGAGUCACACUGGCCUGUGCUUUUCCUGCGUUUUAAGGUGUACAUACUGCAAGUUAAUUUAUUUUCCAUACAAAUAUUAGUUUUUUUUAUUUAAUUUACUAGUAUCAACCAAUUGAACCCUCCUUUUUUAGUAGAAAACGGCAUCAUUUAGAUUUUUUUAUGUUUAGCGAUAACUGUUCACCAAUCACGAAACCUUCCAAAACAGAACCUAUAAAGUAAAGUAUAUUUCAAGCCGAGCCGUUUAAAAGUCUCUCUAAAAACUGGUCACAAACCGAAACCGUAAAAUAGACAGAUCAAAGUACAUAUAUUCAAAAUCUUAAAGCGAUAAAAAGGGAGUCAUAUGCCAAGCUUAAUUUAUAUUAUUUUAUUAUCCUUUAUUAGUUGCGCCAAGCAUAAGUAGAUGUAUUAGACAAUUUUCCAAUUAGCACAUCUCUCAGACACCACAUUAUCGGGGUAGGAGGCAGACGCAAGAAAUGCGUCCCACCGCCUUCUUCCCCCUAGAUUGCAUUUUUGUUGUCGUUGUUAUCUUCAAAAAUGCAGGAAGCAUUAUGAUGGAAACAUGGCUCCCCAGAUCCGGCGCGGCAGGUUCCGCCAAGGCCUACGGAAGCUAACGGAUGUGAAAGGGUGCGUUUGGUACGAUUGUGCAUAAAUGCGUUCUAGAUACAUUAUUAUGUUGUAGGUGCGAGUGUGUGAUUUCGGUUUAGCUAGGAGUUUUUUUUCGCUUCUAACAAAUGUUACGGACCAGUAACCGUUUUCUGAGGUUUAUUUAGUAUAAAACACAUACCCACAAGGCCAGAGUGAUAUCAAAGCAAAACAAGAAGAAGAUUUUAAAUUUUCCGCCACACUAGAUAAAUGACUCACAAUAUGACCCUGAUACGAGCGUAUUGUCAUUAAUCCCGGUUUAGGGUGUCGUAGAAAUUGAAAAUCUAAGAGGUGCUUACUAGUAUGCCGUAAAAAAGGGUUUACCACGGUUGGGUUUCAACGAAGACAUUGGUAUGGCUCUGUGACGACACAGCAGUGAAAAUAUGAACUGUAAAAAAAAAAUUAAAAGAUCUGCCAACAAAUGAGAAGAAAGUUUAAAAAAAAAAACGUUACAUCGGCAAGUAAGAAAAUAAUGAUGAAUGGUGAAAAAUUUUAUUUUUGAAAUAUAAAAGAAUUAUUUGA